AUGUCCAAGCUUAUCACUGUCGUUGGCGCCACCGGAGCACAAGGUGGCUCAGUUGUUGCCUCCGCUUUGAAGUCGGGUAAUUACAAGGUCCGUGGUAUUACUCGCAACAUCAACAGCGAGGCAGCCAAAGCACUUACUGCUCAAGGAGUUGAGAUGGUAUCUGCGGACGCGAAUGAUGAAGCGUCCCUGGUAAAGGCAUUCAAGGGAUCCUAUGCAAUCUUUGCUGUUACCGAUUUCUUUGCCGCCUUCGCACAGCACAAUGCCGAAGAGUCAAUUGAAAUCGAGGCCUCGCAGGGCAUCAACCUUGCUAAAGCAGCCGCCAAAACUCCUACUCUCAAGCACUACAUUUGGAGUACACUUCCUGACAACAGGAAGAUCUCAGGCGGCACAUGUUCCGUGCCCCACUUUGAGAGUAAAUUCAAGGUCGACCAAUUUAUUAAACAAGACCGAGAUCUACUGGCCAAGACCACUUUCUUGUGGGUUACUUAUUACGCUUCCAACAUUGUCAUGCCGAUGAUAGUCCCCAAUUUUGUGAAAUCCUCCGGCAAGCACCUCCAGGUCUUCCCGGUCUCUGAAAAUACGCCCAUCACCACCAUGGGCGACACCAGGGUUAAUACUGGUAUUUACGCUCUUGCGAUCCUGGACCAGCCUCAACUCACCCUUCCAGGCAAGGUAGUCCUAGGCGCUACUGAGACCAGGACAGCCGCGGAUGUGCUGAAGCUAUGGUCAGAGGUAUCGGGCAAGCCUGCGGAGUAUGUGGCGGUUUCCUUAGAGCAUUAUGAUAAGCUGUGGCCUAAGUGGGGACUUGAGGUUGGCCUCAUGUUCAAGUACUGGGAAGUAGCCGGCGAGAAGAGCUGGACAUCCCCCGAUGAGCAGGUUCUUACGAGCAGAGAUCUGAAGAUCACUGGCUUAGUCGGUAUGAAGGAAGUAUUUGCUGGAAUUGAUUGGUCAUAG